AUGGCAAAUUGUGAUAACUGCGAGUUGCCAGUCAAACAAAUUGAAAAAAUAAUUUGUUCCAAUUGUGACAAAGUUUAUCACCACCUAUGCGUCAACCUGAGCGCGUCAGCGUUUAAGAAGCUUAGUAAGUUGAAGCGUUCUGCGUGGAAUUGUCCGAGUUGUUUAUCUAAGCAGCCAUCUGAUAAAUCCCAAUCGGAUAAUAUGGUGGAUAGUUCUGAUGAUGAGAAGAAUAAAAUGAAUGACAUAAGACGCAUUAUAAGAGAUGAAAUAAGGAACACGAUGCGUCUUGAAGUUAAAAGUAUGAUCUGUGAACUUAGAUCCGAAAUGAAUGAUAUUAGAAAACAAUUGGACGAGUUGAAGCAAUCUAGUUCCUUCGAUAUCUCUCAAGUUAAUGAUUUAAAAGCAGAAUUUCGGAAAGUACAAACUGAAAAUACCGAGCUUCGUUCACGUAACUGCGAGAUGGAAAAAACGGUGGCUCAGUUGACGGCGCGACUAAACUCACUGGACCAGAGUAUGCGUGAUGCUAACCUGGAAAUCCACGGCUUGCCAGAGAAUAAAAAUGAGGUGCUACCUAACGUUAUCAUAAAGUUGGCCAAUGUUGUGUCAUAUGCACUAAAAGAUGGUGACAUUUUGAAGUGCGUAAGAGUGGCUAGUAUGAAGAACGACAAAUUACGCCCUCGCUCUGUUAUAGUAAAACUAAGUAGUCCUAGAUGUCGUGACGAAUUUUAUUCAGCCGUGACAAAUUAUAAUAAAGCUCACAGUGAAGAUAAGUUAAAUUCAUCCGUUCUGGGUUAUGGUGAUAAGAAGGUCCCAGUAUUCGUGUCUGAGCACCUCUCCCCGAUUAACAAAUCUCUACACGCUGCAGCACGUCUUAGGGCCAAAGAUAAAUCUUAUAAGUUUGUUUGGGUCCGAUAUGGUAAAAUUUUCGUUUGUAAGAGUGAAAACUCAGGAACCAUAUGGAUCAAAGACGAAAAAGGCUUAGAUAAAAUUGUUUAA